AUGAGUCAAUCCGAAGCCUCCGCCAGCGUGUCACUCGGGCCGUUCACCGUGUACGACCGCAAGGCGGGCGUGUACGCUUCUCGGCUGCCUCCGCCCACCAUCCCUGCCGAGUCGGUCUUCGAGUACUGCCUCGGCAGCGUGAGCCUCGACGACCAAGGCACCGCCAUCACCGAGUGCGCUACCGGUCGCACUAUCUCAUAUGGCCAGCUUAAGCUCAGGGCACAGCGCUUCGGGCUCGGCCUGGUCACCAAGGCCAAGCUCAAGCGCGGCGACACGGUGCUGGUGGCGCUGCACUCGUCGAUCGACUUUGCCGUCUGCGUGAUGGCGGCGCAGUUUGCCGGGCUGCGCGUGGCGCUCGCCAAUCCGGACUAUGCGCCCAAGGAGCUCAAGCACGUGUACAAGCUGGUGCGGCCCAAGAAGGUGAUCGUGCACAGCACACACCUCAGCCGCGCCGCGCGCGCCAACCUGCAGACGUUCAACGUGAUCCUCACCAACACCAAGCUCGGCCGUGGCGGCGUGCUGUCGAUCGACGAGCUGCUUGCGCCGGAAGCCGAAGCGCGCGCAGCCAAGCCGUAUGUGCCCGAGGACCUCAACACCACCGCCUACCUGCCUGCAUCAUCCGGCACGACGGGACUGCCCAAGGCGGUACAGAUCUCGCAUCGCAAUCUGGUCGCCAUGCUCGCCAUGAACUUCAACACGCCCGGGUUCAUUCCCGAGAGUCUGGGGGGCGAGCAGUUGCGUAUGCUGAGCUUCUUGCCCUUCUUCCAUGCCUAUGGGCUGGUGGGGCAGUUGCACCUCAUCCUGCGUCAGCGCGGACAGCUGUUCAUCCUGCGUCCGUUUACGCCCCAGUCGCUGUGUGCCGCGGUGCAGCAGCACCGCAUCAAUCUGCUCAACUGCGUGCCGCCGGCGCUGACCAAGCUCACCAAGUACGCAGGCACGACUCGCGCGGCGUUUGCGAGUGUCAAGCGCGUGCGCUGCGGUGCGGCACCGUUGGAUGCCGAGACCGAGGCCAAGUUCUCGCGCAUGACCGGCGUCGAAGUCAAGCAGGGCUGGGGCAUGACCGAGCUCACCCUCGCCGGCUUGGAUCCGUCCAGUGGCCAACAGACUCCCGGUUCGGUUGGGUGUCUGAUCCCCUCGACACUGGCCAAGGUCGUGGAUGUGGAGAGUGGCGAGCCGGUGGAGCCGGGCCAGCGCGGGGAGCUGCUGAUCAAAGGCGACCAGGUGUUUUCGGGCUACCUCGCCAACGAAGCCGAGACGAAAGCGUCCUUCACCGCCGAUGGCUUCUUCCGCACAGGUGACGUUGUCAUCGUCGACGCACGCACGGGCGAGUUCAGCAUCGUAGACCGCAUGAAGGAGCUCAUCAAGUACCAGGGUUUCCAAGUCGCACCCGCGGAGCUCGAAGGUCUACUAGUCACCCAACCCUCGGUCGCCGCUGCAGCCGUCGUGGGAAGGUACGACAGGGAGGCUGCCACCGAACUCCCCUGUGCCUUCGUCGAGCUCUCUCCCAGCGUCAGCGGCCAAGAUGCCAAGCAAGUCGUGGCGCAGAUCGACGCUUUCGUCAGGUCGAAAGUGUCGCACCACAAGUUCUUGCGAGGCGGUAUCCAUGUGGUGGACAAGGUGCCGGUGAGCGCGAGCGGCAAGAUCCUGCGCAAACAGGUCCGACAAAUGCUCCAGCAGCUCGAGGCCGCCCAUUCCACCCCACAAAAGGCCAAGCUCUAG